AAGGAUUCCAGUUUUGUUCACUCAAAAAUCACAAUAAUUUUCAAAACAAAAGCCUCCGUUAAUGCUGUCCUGUGACGUCACGACGUUCCGUGUUUAUGUGGAAGCGAUCAGCCGACAUUCCGUACUGUAGCCUGCCAGACCUGCACAUCUUGAUCUUUUAAACGUGUGCUGCAGUGUCAACCAGUCACUGGUGCCAUGGUCCUCUGUUACACAUGAGCUCUACUAUGUGGUACAUCAUGCAGAGCAUUCAAAGUAAAUACUCCUUGUCUGAGAGACUCAUCCGCACCAUUGCAGCCAUCCGCUCUUUCCCCCAUGACAAUGUGGAGGAUCUUAUUCGUAAGGGGGCGGAUGUGAACCGGAUGCAUGGGACCCUCAAACCUCUACACUGUGCCUGUAUGGUUGCUGAUGCUGACUGUGUGGAGCUGCUAUUGGAGAAAGGUGCUGAGUUACACUGCAAGGUCUUUGCAAAAAUGGGAGACGAGAAGCCUUUCGUGUGCAACGCUCCUGGCUGUGGACAGAGGUUCACCAACGAGGACCAUUUGGCAGUACACAAACACAAACAUGAGAUGACAUUAAAAUUUGGACCACCCAGGACAGACUCUGUCAUUAUAGCAGACCAGACACCUACACCCACUCGCUUCCUUAAGAACUGUGAGGAAGUUGGUCUGUUUAAUGAGUUGGCCAGCUCUUUUGACCAAGACGAUGACGAAAAGAGGGCAAAGAACUCUCUUCCAGCUGCCAACUCUGUGGCUUUGGACAUGAGCCUGCAGACGCCAUCAGAUGUGAAGGUGAAGGAGGAGGAGCCUGUGGAGGUUGAUUCCUCGCCUCCAGGAAGCCCCGAAUCGCUAUCGGGGAUGUCAGACAGCAACCAAGACCCUAUAGUGAAGGGAAAGGACAUGCCGCCGAGGAAUUCAGCCCCCACCCCAACCAUCGUGCGACCAGGUUCCCUUCCACUACACUUAGGCUUUGAUGCUCUUCAGCCCACCAUGCCGUCACCAACUUCUGUCAUUACACAGGCGCCACCUUCAAAUCGCACUUUGGGCUCGCCGACUAGUCAUUACCCGAUGAUGAUGCUGCCCAGCGGUCAGGCGGUGCCGGUGCUCCCUGGACCUGUGCCUUCUGUCAUUAAUCUGGCCCGACCCAUGUGUAUGGUGCCCAACAUUCCCGGGAUCCCUGGUCCGCCUCUGGGAGGCAGCAGCAGCGGCUCGAACUCUCCCUCUGGCUACAGCAACCACUCAGAGGCCAAGAUGCGUCUGAAGGCUGCACUGUCCCAGCAAAGCCCUUUAGGACAAAAUAUGGGAGUCAUGGCGAUGGGCAGCAGUCCCAUGGUACCUCAAAAGAUGGAGCACAGCCAGCUGCUGGUUCAACACCCCGACGCCCCAUCUCCUGCACAACCUCAGGUAUCUCCAGCACAGCCCACAGGUGGGCGUCGACGGCGGACAGCAGACGAUGAUCCAGAUGAGCGAAGGCAGCGCUUCCUUGAGAGGAACAGGGCGGCGGCCUCUCGCUGCAGACAGAAGCGCAAACUGUGGGUCAGUUCCCUGGAGAAGAAGGCAGAGGAGCUCAGCACUCUGAACGUCUCGCUGUCGAAUGAGGUUUCUCUGUUACGAAACGAGGUGGCCCAUUUGAAGCAGCUGUUGCUGGCACACAAGGACUGUCCUGUAACCACCCUGCAAAAGAAGAAUGCCUACUUAGCUGCAGAAGAUGGCAUAAAAGAUACUUCAGAGCCUACUGGUUCCCCGGCCCCCGUGAUUCAACACAGUUCUUUGGCACCCAGCCCCUCUGCAGGGCAAAACGGCCUGAGCUCAAGGGCAGCAGCUGAAGCCAUGGCGAUGUCUGUUUUGGCAGGAAUGGGUCAACAACAGAGGGUCGAGAGCGGACCCUCUCAUGUAAUUAUGGCUGCACAGUCUCAGUCUGCUGCCAGAUGAUGAGCACUGCCACACUGGCCAAAGCCUCGUUCGUCAGUCACCGGUGGAAAAGACUCCCCCCAGUUUUAAAUGCAAAUUUCACAUCCCACUAUCCCCCUCGUCACUCUCUCCUGUGCUCAUCCCUCCUGCGGAGCCGUCGUGCUGUAGCCUGGAGCUCAGCAGCAGCCUUCUGGUAAUAGACUGAGACUUUAAAAGAGACCUUCCUGUUCAUUUUGCCACAGACUACAGGGGCUGGACUCCAGUAUCCGUGCCCUGAGCCUUCCUGCGUCUCUCUCCAACCUCCCUCUUGGAACGACUCCUCAUUAAGAGACUGCGUCGAGUUUUUUGCCGUGAUAAACUUCUCAUUUAAACACAAAUUCUGCUUUUGCACAGUUUGAAACAUGUUACAUAACCAACCCUGGUCAGCUCAGAGCUGAAGCGACUCACAUACUGUUUUCAGCAGGGAAUAGUGCCUUGUGCUCCUGAACCGUUUAGCCAUGAUGACAGCCACAGAGUGUCCCGACUCUCAGAAACAUUCUGUGGAUCAAGGAUGCAUGAGUGCUGCAGAGUUCUUUGACUCAACUCUUAUAUCCACUUUGGCUUCUUACAAAUGGUUACACUUCACGUUGGACCCGGAAAGCUUACCUCAUUUACAACCAUUUAGGAUGAAAUGUUUUAACAACUGUGUGUGUAUGUGUGUGAUUGUAUAUUUAUGUGCACCAGAACUUGGCAAUAUACCUUCUCUCAAUCUGCUGCAUUUCUGUCUGGGUGGUCGGCAUGGCUCUUUUCUAAUCGGGUGUUGCGUUUAGUCCACCGAUUGUAAAAUGUUGUUUGAUUGUGACUUCAAAUUGCUAUUUUUAACCGAACCUAAGGGGAACUGCGACUCUUUAACAAGUAGCCUAAACAAAAAACUGGGCAGGCUGUUCAGCUGGUUUUGUUUGUCGUUUUCAUUUUUAACAAAACUAGUCUCACAGUUGUGCUUUACAGAGCUGGUCUUCAAAUAACAGUAACUGUUAACCUGUCUCAGGAUGGCUGCACGUCUUUGCUCCUUCCCUAGAGGGGCAAUUAGCCUCUUCGUUUCUCUCUUUACAUAAACUAAACAAAAAAAGCCAUAUUGACACCAAAACAGAUCUCCAAAGAGCACCCCUUCUGUGUUCUGGGACAGUAAUGGCAUUGCCAUUCAGCGGUUAUAGAACACAGUCUGCAAUACAAGCCUGCCUUUUUCUUGCACUGACAGUCUCACACAUUUGAUUUUUGUUUAUGCCUUAAAAAUGACAGUGGUGCCUCGGAUAUCCCCUUAUUGAUUACUAAAUUAGAAAACAAAAAAGCAUUUAAAAAUAGCAUUUUAUCUUUUUUUUAAUAAAAUAGUUCUUGAGAAACUAAAAAACACCCAAAAAUCUCAUCAGGAUUCUUCCACUCUAGUUUUUAACACAGUCCUUGUAUGUCACCUGGUGGAGAAACACGGCAAAAACAUUUUUAGAUUAAAAAAUUGAAGGACAAAAACACUUGUGGCAGAUUUUUUAAAAAAAAGAUUAACUGAUGUAAAAUACCCAGAUAAUUUGUAUUUGUUUUUUUCUGUUUUUCUUUUUUUUUUUUGCGUAAAUAUUGAGGCAACUGGUCUGAUUUAGUUUUUCUUGUACAUUUAUGGCAUCCCUUUAUCAAAUAUGAUCACAUUUUUACAAAGUGUAACUGCAAAGUAGAAGAUUAUCAGGGGGUUAUGUCUGUGUGCACUAAAGUAAAGAGAGCUCUAUGCUUCUGUUGCAGCUUCCCUGUCCUCUUGCUGAUGUAUCCUAUCCUUUUUCUAUUUUUUUUCUUGUUUUUGUUUUGUACUGUCUUCAUAUUUGGGAAUUUGUUUAGCAGCUUAAAACUGAAUCUCUCACUGUAAAGUCCCAGUGGUGACCCCAGCAUUUUGUUGUACUUUGCUGGCACUAUAUUUAGCUGGCAGUCCCAUAUAAACUAUUGCUCAUAUGGAAUGAAAGUUCAAUCUAUAUUUAGCAUUUAUGUAUUGUGUAAUUCUGUCAUAGGCACCUUUUUAUGUUUUUUUUUUUCUUUCUGUGCUUUUUCAACUGUCAUAUACCUUUCUCAUAGAGUUUAAACUGUACUGAAGAACAUAAACUAAUCUCUGUAACAGAGUUUUUUUUUCUUUUUGAUGGUUUGUUUUCUCUGAAGAAAAAAAUAUGUUCCUUUUUAAAAAGAAAUGUCAACCGUUCACACACUUUAAUAACGCAAAUUUGAGCUCACUGCCUUGCUUAACUUAUUUUAUAAUUGGUGGAUGGACAAUAUUCAUUUCAGGCCAGAUCUAAAAAAAAAAAAAAGAGCAGGUCAAUGAAAAUGCUACAAAAUGUGAAAGUCGCCGCUCAUAGCAAAUCAGCAAUUUUUCACACUCCUUUUACCUGUUUGACUUCAGAGUACUGUGUACUGUACAUAUAUGUACUAUAUGAAUAUAUUUACUUUUCCAUGCAUGUUCAAGUGAAAUACAAUGAACAUUUACAAUGCUGCAGUUUUAAUUAAAGAAACUACAUCUUGAUGGAA